AUGAGUCGGAGCAGUCCGAGUAGCAGCAGCAGCGUGAAGGACUCGCCGCCGUUUUUUGUGAUUACCCGUCGAGAGGCCAUCUUCUGCCUCCUCCCCCUCGCCACGGCGCUUUCGCUGCUGCUCCUCGCCUCCGCCGUGCGACACGGUACGACAAACACGAUUUUCUUGUCGCCGGACGACUCGGUUCGCGGGCUCCGUGGUGCGACGGGCCUGCGACAGCUCUUGACGGUGCCUUACGACUACCACGACGACUUAGCAGCUGCUCUACCGAUGGCAGCGCAAGGCAGCGACGACGAGAAAGAUCGAGCGGGCGCUGGCGACGAAGCCGCGGUACGAAGCGCAAAGAUGGUACUUCUGGGAAUGAUGCCGGAGACCUCCUCGCCUUGGCAAGAGCCAGGCAAUCCCGAUCCCGACUCGCAGGCAAGCAAGGUGGAAGACUCGGCGGCAGGGAAGAGCGCUAGCGCGGCAGACGUCGCCGUCAGUUCCAGUUCAGAAAACGCUGAUACUGCUACUGCUACGCCUUCCAGUGAGCCUGACGGCGGCAAUGCUCGGAAAGACGUCCUUGAACAGCGCCCUCACGACCCCUCUAGCACUACAACUAGUAGUACUAGCAGUGUCCUUACUGCUACCGCUAAUUCUAGUAUUGCUACUGCUACCAGGGACAGUGGUGAUGCUGUCUCGGACGUCGGUGGUGGCGCGAGCGGCAAGAGGGAUUGCAGACGACGCUCACGAACGGGUCACUGCGUGGCGGAGCUCUUCAGCCUCUACGACGACGCGUACCAAUCGUUAUGGCCCAGCCGCGUGGAUCUCGUAAUCCGCAGCCACGUGUCAAGCAGCUUCUUCCUCCUCGAGAUGCUCUUUGACAGCAUCGAGCAGAUGUGGCCACGUGGCAUUGGUGACGUCAUCCUCAUCCUCGACAGUGACGAGCGAUUGGCUGAGGACCUCAUUCCCACGUGGAUCAAAGUCUACUACGAGAUUAACAGGCUGAAGCUUCCAGGAAAGAUCCUGCAGCAGUGGAGCUACCUCUGGGCUGACAAAUACACAACAGCCCCUUGCGUGGCCUUGGUUGACGAUGACGUCAUCUUCAACAUGAAAGUAACACCCGGGUUACUGUUCAACCUGAUAGAUGGCAAGCCGUACGUGAUUGGCAGCGCGCAGCGACAGCUGGACCACUGGUUACCGUCCACCAAGUUUUUCGUUGGCGAGGACAAGUACUUCGCCAACUUCAUGGUGCAGCUGCCAUUCCUGAUGCCGACCAGCGUGCUGCCAAGAUUCAGAAGCCAUGUGGCGAAUCUGCACAAGGAUAAGGGCGGCAGCUUUGACUCCGCUUUCAAGUGGUUCUCCAAGCAUGGGCCGAAGUUUGAGCGGACCCAAAUUGCCCACACGACCAUUGGGAACUACAUGUGGGCGUAUGCUCAUGAUGAGGUGCACUGGGCCUUGGAAUGGACCAGUCACACGCCGAUCCCUCGCGUGGGCGUGCAUCUGCCCUACACGCAGCCGUUCCGCAUCGCCACGAAGCACGACGACAACGCGCCACGUGUCAUCAAGACGUAUGUUCAGGUGGCAGCUUUCUACUCGCACGAGGGUGUGUGCCAUGCAUUGCCUGAUGGGGAGCUGCCUGGGUGUGAUGAUGUGAACCGCUUCCCUCAGAGGCAGAUAUGGCAGUAUGCCAUGGAUUGGUAUGACUGGCCUGCUAUCAAGAAGAAGAAGGCUAAUGCUACUAUAUUGUAUGAUCAGUACCGGAGUGAGCUGGCGUGCAUGUACUGGAGGGUAGCUCAGGCAGUUGGAGAGGAGUCCGCUGUGGUGGGGACAACGGUGCAGCUGAGAGGGGCUGAUCCCGCAGGGAGAAGAAGGGAGCUCUUGACAUACCUUCAGGAGUGUAUCACCCCAAGGUAA